AUGGCACCCACUCAAAAACUACCCAGCAAGCUUGAGGGUGCACAUAAUGUGAAAGUUGAAGUUGUUGAACCUGCUUCUAAUCAACCCUCCAUAGUCCUUGAAGAUCUACAUCUUGGUGAAGUCAAAGAGGUUAAAACCACAUUGCUUCCUAUGGUUCAUAAGGUUCAAGGCGAGAUUAUACUGAUUCCACACAUUGAUUUUGUUAUUCCAAAUGAGUUUGAUAUGGUGGAAUUCAAGGCCCUCAACAUCAUCGUGAUUCGUGCUGUUCGACUAACUGAUUCCUUGAUCGCUAUCAGUUGGCGCCGUUUAUCGAGGGCUACCAGCCCAGGCCAUCAGGGAAGCAGAGAUGCUUCGAGCAACCCUCACCGUGAUCGCCAAUCUGCACCGGCCAUGCAGACUUCAUCUAUCCAAAACAUACAAUCCAUGGCGGCCGCAAUGGCGGAGUUGACUCGCCAAAACCAAGAAUUAAGAAUGGAGAUUAAUCUAAGGAGGCAGACGCGUGAAGAACGUGAGGGUGGAGAACAAACGCAGAGUCGUGAUGACAGAGAGAACACUGAGAUUGGAAGUCAGUUAAGAGGUACCACUUCACGAGCAGUGCCACAUUUGAAGGAAGAGAUGGACCAAAUGAGAAGAUUCAUGGAGGAAAUGAAAGAGAAUAUGAGAAGGACAAAUCCUAUAGAAGACCUGGUCCACCGAACUGAUUCCCCCUUUACGGCUUCCAUCAACGGUCACCCUCUACCAUCGAAGUUCAAGAUGCCUUCUCUGGAUUCGUACGAUGGAACACGAGACCCGUUCGAUCACAUUGCUACCUUCAAGACCACCAUGCAUCUCCAAGAGGUUCCCGAUGAAAUAAUGUGCAGAGUAUUCCCUACUACCCUCAAGGGCCCAGCACAAGUUUGGUUUAGCAAAAUACCCCCGAAUUCGGUGAGUUCUUUUGAAGAGUUAAGCAAGUUGUUUGUUAACAACUUCAUAGGAGGACAAAGACAUAAGCGUUCCUCGUCCAACCUAUUGACCAUAGAGCAGGGAGAGAACGAGAGUUUACGGUCGUUCAUCACCCGUUUCAACAUAGAAGCCCUGAGUGUGGACGAAGCAGAUGAUAAGCUCUUGUUGGCGGCUUUCCAUAAUGGGGUGAAUUCGGAUUUGUUCAUUCACAAACUCUAUGAAAAAGAGCCCCAAUCCAUGGCAGAACUUGUCCAUUCGGCUCAAAAUUUUAUGAAUGCAGAAGACGCAAUCAUUGCUAAGAAGAGGAAGAGGUCUGAGAGAGUCCUUAUGCAGAUCAAGGAUGAUCCUUCCUUGAAGUGGCUGGAGAAAAUGAGGGGAGAUCCCAAUAAAUGCAAUCGGAACAAGUACUGUCGCUUCCACAGGGAUCAUGGUCAUGAUACAAACGAGUGUUUCGAUUUAAAGCAGCAAAUCGAAAAUCUCAUAAGGCAAGGGAAGCUAAGGAAUUUCCUUGGACGAGAUAACAGGGACGAGAAGAUGAAAGGGAAAAUGGAAGAAUCAUCACGACCACCCCUCGGAGAAAUAAGAGUCAUUAUAGGGGGAAGUUCGAUAGGCCAGUCAUCCAAGUCCAAGAAAGCAUACUUGAAGGUAGUGCAGAGUGUCCAGCUUUCUGGACGAUCACCGAGAGUAAGGUCCACGGACGAAGCAGCGAUCACCUUCACGGACGAAGACGCUGAGAGAAUUCAUCACCCCCAUGAUGAUGCUCUCAUCAUCACCUUAAUGAUUGCUGACUACACAACUAGAAGGAUGCUUGUAGACAACGGAAGCUCGGCGGACAUUUUGUAUUAUCCAGCUUUUCAACAAAUACGGCUAGGACGAGACCAGCUCCGUCCAGUGAACUCCCCCUUAGUAGGUUUUGGUGGAAUGAAGGUACCCGUGGAUACUAUUUCCUUAUCAGUGGUAGUGGGGGCAUACCCAUGA